AGGGUUAACUCGUGUAAUUGGAUCAAUGGGCAUAAUGCGGAGCCCCAGCAUCUCAUUUCACCCGUGAACACUCCUCAUACAGGCCUGCUGCUGUUUCUGGAAUAAUCGCCACGAGUUACUGUUGACGCUACUGAGCCUGUUUCUAAAAACAACCUGUUGAAAGUGUUUCUCCGUGCUCCCGGUAAAUGUUUACGGGAGAUAUUAUUUCGCCGCUCGGUUGCCAUGGCAGUAAGGGAAGGUGUCUGAACGGUGUCAACUUUUCCUCACAUGGCGCUUUUCUCGCUCUGAACGCGCUCUGCAUGCGAAUGUUUUGGAGAUAAACCACUUUACAUCGCGCUGAGAAACUCUGGGAGAGUUUGACGACGACGUGGGACAUCGAGUGCAUAACUGUUUUCGCCUGAAGAAGAGCAAAACAACGAGGCCACCGAAGAGGCCGUUUUCUUGGGCAAAGCACCUCUAAUUUCUAACAUUCUCCUUUGCUUGUGUUUGACUGACAACCGCCAUCAUUCUGUGCUGCAAGGGUGACCCCAAAAUGUCUUCCAACGGCGAUCUGCAAGACGCUGGGAGCUGGGACAGCUUCUGGGAGCCUGGGAACUACAAGAGGACAGUUAAACGCAUUGACGAUGGCUACAAACUAUGCAACGAGCUGGUCAGCUGCUUCCAGGAGCGUGCCAAGAUUGAGAAGGGCUAUUCCCAGCAGCUGAGUGACUGGGCCAGGAAAUGGAGGGGUGUUGUGGAGAAAGGCCCACAGUAUGGGACCCUGGAAAAGGCAUGGCAUGCUUUCAUGAAUGCAGCAGACAGACUGAGUGAGAUCCAUAUGGAACUAAAAGAGAAACUGGUUGUUGAGGACAGCGAAAAGAUUAGAAACUGGCAGAAGGAUGCCUUCCACAAGCAAAUGAUCGGUGGAUUCCGUGAGACCAAAGACGCAGAUGAAGGCUUCCGCAAGGCUCAGAAACCCUGGGUUCGAAAACUGAAGGAUGUGGAGUCUACCAAAAAGAGUUAUCACCAAACCCGGAAGGAAGAGCGCACGGCAUUGACCCGUGAAACACAUGCCAAGGCUGACCCCACCAAAUCCCCAGAAGAGGUCCGCAAGUUCACAGACCGCCUGGAGAAAUGUACCCAGGAAGCCGAGAAGGCUAAGGAGCGUUAUGAGAGAGCCCUGGACGAGCUGAAUCGCUGUAACCCACGUUACAUGGAAGACAUGGAGCAAGUGUUUGAAAUCACACAGGAGGCAGAAAAGAAGAGGCUGUGCUUUUUUAAAGAAGUGAUGCAGGACUUACACCAGCACAUGGACCUCUCCAGCAAUGAUGGAUUUCGAGCCCUGUACCGAGACCUCGGCCAGACCAUCAACACAGCCAAUGACGCGGAGGACCUCAGGUGGUGGAGGAACACCCAUGGGCCGGGCAUGAGCAUGAAUUGGCCACAGUUUGAGGAGUGGUCGCCAGAAGCAAACCGAUCCAUUAGUCGAAGAGAAAGAAACAGUCGUUCUGAUGACGUGGUCACUCUGACUAAUAUCGUCUCGGCAGGAGACGAACCCCCGAAGACUCCACAGGAAACUACAGGGUGGCUUGAGGCGGAUGGCUAUUACGAGAACCUAAGCGGCUAUGCACCGGGAGUGAUGGGUAAAGACUACUCCUCAGACUGGUCUGAUGAAGAGAGCCCCAAAAAAUACAUUGCAGCCAACGGGGUGGACGAGGAGGAGAAGGUAGUCGGGGUUCGUGUUAGAGCGCUGUAUGAAUACACAGGGCAGGAGGCUGAUGAGCUGAGCUUUAAAGCAGGUGAAGAGUUAAUGAAGCUGGGUGAGGAGGACGAGCAGGGCUGGUGUAAAGGACAGCUGGUCAGCGGAGAAAUAGGCCUGUACCCUGCUAACUACGUCCAAGUCAUCACAUCUUGAUCACCCGCAUCGCCCUGGAUGAGACCCACAUCUUUCCUGUGGCAGCCGUAAGGUCACGUCACACUGAACUACGGCAGUUGUGUCGAAUACACAGCCAUGCAACUGCAUGACGGAUUGAAUGCCACGAUACACGAGGAGAUUCAGAGAGGAGUGCGCAGUUCAGUGUUUUAUUUUUUCCAUUCACUGACACUCUAGAGGACUUUAAGAAUAGUUAGUCCUGCUUUGUCCUUGUGCUUAUUAAAAGAUCAGUGCCUUUAUUAUAAAAUGCCACAGACAUUUACAACACAACUAUUAAUGCAGCACACGGUUGAAUGGACACAUUGUUUGUCUGAAUCAUUUUGUUCACAGGAAAAUGUGCAAGUCGCCACUGUUGGAUUUGUUUUGAUAGAUAAUCAUUGCAGUCCUCUUGUUUUAGUAUUUCACAUUUCAGUUACAUAUCAGAAUCAUUUCAAGUAUUUGAUCAAAUCUACGCUGACUUUAUAUAUAUAAAUAUUCAGGUUUUGCGAAUCUUUCAUGAGAAGCGUGUUAAUGUGUUGAUAUAUUUUGUGUAAUACAUGUGUUAGAUCGUUCUAGUUAAACUGAACAUUUCUUUGGUUGUAGUUCAGAACUGAAGGAUUCUUCAUUGCAUAUUUACUUAUGUUUUCACAAAAGAUAUAUGGAUUUAUAAUAUACAAACUGUCACUGGGCAGAUGCUCUUAGUCGCCCUUUGGAAUCGUGAUUCUUGGAUUCCUGUCAGGGGAUCCAGGAGGAGAUUCUAAAAUCUUGUCGGUGGGAUUGUUUUACUUUUUUUAAUUUAUCUUUUUGUUUUUAUUUGGAGCACAUGAAAGUUUCUGUUGUCAAAUGAUAUACAGUUUGAGAGAAAGGGCAAAACCUCUGGGCUUCUUGUGGUCUUGUAAAAGUGAAUUUGUGAGUGUUCAUGGGAAAUGUUUCUCCAAUGUGCCCCACUGUGAACAUGGUUUUACAUGAAACUGCUGUAACACUAAUCAAUGUAAUAAUAGCAAAUAAAAGUGAAAGAGAUUCUUA